AACUCAGAACGAAAACCGAGUAAGCGACUGGAUAAGGCGGAGAAGUAAACACAAACAGGAAUCAUAAUUCAGAGCGGACCGCGCCAUGGAAGAGAAGCUCUCCUCCGUGGCGAAGAACUUUACCCCUUCUCCCAUACAAGAACUCUCUCAUCUCGCUCAGAGAUGUAACGCCAUCAACCUCGCCGAGGGCUUCCCGGACUUCCCCGCUCCUCUCCAAAUCAAAGACGUUGCUGUAUCCGCCAUUAAUUCCGACUUCAACCAGUACAGGCAUGUGCAAGGAAUUUGUGACCACCUGGCCGCGGCAAUGAAGAAAAUGCAUGAUUUGGAUGUUAAUCCUCUAACGGAUAUAGCCAUUUGCUGUGGACAAACUGAGGCAUUUGCAGCAGCGAUUUUCGCUGUAAUUGACACUGGAGAUGAAGUUGUGCUAUUUGAUCCUUCAUAUGAAACUUAUGAAGGGUGCAUUACCAUGGCGGGAGGAGUCCCAGUAUAUGUUGCCCUUGAUCCACCUCAAUGGACCUUCUGCCCUGGCAAGUUGUUGAAGUCUUUUACUGGCAGAACAAAAGCUAUUGUUUUGAACAGCCCUCACAACCCAACUGGCAAAGUUUUCUCUAAGGAAGAGCUUGAAGUGAUCGCUGAAGCCUGCUGCAGAUGGGAUUGCCUUGCUAUAACAGAUGAAGUAUAUGAGCACAUAACAUUCAAUGACAAGAAACAUAUAUCUCUUGCCUCACUCCCAGGAAUGCAAAAGAGAACUAUCAUCACAUCCUCCUUGUCUAAAACUUUUAGUGUUACAGGUUGGAGAAUUGGAUGGGCUAUUGCUCCAGCUUUUGCUGCAUCUGCAAUCCGAAACAUUCAUGUCAAAAUUACAGAUUCUGCUCCAGCACCUUUCCAAGAAGCUGCCUUAACUGCUUUGACAAGCCCCCCUGAAUAUUUUGAAGGACUGAAAAAAGAAUAUGAAUUUAAAAGGGAUUUCAUUGCGAAGGUGCUCACCUCGAUUGGUUUUCAAAUUCAUUUUAAGCCCCAAGGUUCCAUCUUUUUAUUUGCAGAGCUUCCUAAGGAUUGCUUGCUAUCUGAUGUAGAAUAUGUUAAGGAAUUAAUAAAAGAGGCAGGGGUGGUUGCCGUACCAGGAUGUGGAUUUUUUCAUAAAAAGCUUUCUAUGGAACCAUUAUCUGAGGCAAGUUGCAACUACCAGAAGAGAUAUGUAAGGUUUGCCUUCUGCAAAAGUAUUGCUACUUUGGCAGCCGCUGCACAAAAGCUUAGUGAUCUUAAGAAUGCUACCAGGUAUGAACACUCCUAGUAUGCGAGGUGAGUUAAGGUAUGAGAGAGAGUUAUCUCGUAUUGUAUAAUCUAGAUAAAAAAAAUGGUAUGCU